UAAUGUAGAUAAUUAAUGGGACAAGUCAGUGGUGUGUUUCAGGAAGAGAAGCUGACAGAUGACGUUACGUGGGAACAGUCAUUGUUUGACUCCGCGAAGAGCUCACUCAUAUACGAGAUAAUAGAAAGAGAGAAGAGCAUAGGAGAUGUGGUGGCCCAGUCUCUGCUGUCAUACUUCAAACAUGUUGACCAUGAUUAUAACAGAUGGCUGGUGAACAAGAUAGACAAGGUGACGAUGGAGGAUCUUAGCCGGAUAGGCCCCAAGUACGUGAAAAAGCUGUUCGAUCCGUCCAUCUCACGGACUACCAUUGUGUGCCAUCCAUCCAAGGUAGAGGAACUGGCCUUGGGGUUCAAAGAGCUGGGUAUCGAACUAACCUCAUACUCAACUCUGGAGGAGACGUUCCUCAAUGCAUGGUAGACACAGACAGUCUCCUAGCAUCUCAGCUAGUCAGCGCCAGUGAGAAACUAAGCAGGGUCUUCAUUUUUCAUCAGCAUUUAUUAUAGUGUGAUUUGUCCUAGUUUAAACUGAUAUUUAUAACAUUCACUUUCAUUUGAAUGCCAAUGGGAUAGUAAAUGGAAAAAAUUGUUUACGUUUAAAUCAGCUUAAGUUUUAUUGUAAUUGGCAUUUGUCAUGAAAAAUCUAUGCGUUAUGAAUUUUUUUAUAAUAAAGUGUGAUUUGUACAUGUCUUUUACAAGCCUUGUCACAGAAUAAUAAAUACAAGACUACAGUACAGAGUUUUUACUUUUUAGAUUUCUUCUCGUAUUAUACAGUUCAAAAAUCUUAAAGACUGACAAUUUUAAGAAUACACACAAAAUUUUAAUGUUAUGUAACUACAAAUUGGUCUGUUCACUUCUAUUUUAUAAUACAGUGGAAUGUGGAUGGUUAAAAUGUUUUUAAUUUAAAUUCAUAGAUUAAUAUUAAGUUAAAAUUUGAAGUGCAUUCUGUCCCUGUGGGAUUUGCAUAAUGUACAGUAUAAUGUUCAAAUAGGGUGGUUGUUUUUAAGAAUGGGCCUUUAGUAAAACAUUUUGAUACCAAUUCUUGUGUUAUUUGUUAUUAGGAAUUUAGGCUGAUUCCAAAAUAUUUUAUCACUAUUUUAGUUUAUGUAGCUCCAUUCGAUGAAGUAAGUGUUUUGUAAAGUGUACCAUCAUUUCAGUCGGUCUCUAGAAGUAAGUAUUAAAUAAAAUAAUUGAAAACUAGCUUAAAUGUAACAACAAUUUUACAAUCCACUAUAUUUGGCUACGGUUAAACAGACAAUAUUUUAAAAUAAAAUAUAUUGUUAGUAAAUCUAUUUUGUUAAUGGAAUUAUAAUGUUAUAUGAUGAA